GUAAAGGUCCUUACAUUCCCGCGGCGUGGAUUUAUCAGGACUUUUUUGAGUGUGAAUAGACUCGUCUAGGAAAACAAUGCAAGGUAUACUAAAUAAGCUCAGCCCAGUUAAGUACGUAGUGAACUUGAACGAGUCCUGUUUAAGGAUUUUGGGAUAUAAAUAUAAAAUAGUGCCGAUUUAUAUUUAAUAAAAGCUUGGCUCCGUAUUAGCGUUGUCAAAUUAUGGCAAAAAUAUUUGAGAAGUUAUGGCUUCUGAUUUCGUCAAAAACGACAUUAAACCCGGGGAAUACACCGUUACAUUUGGCGAUUUUGAAACAGAACACGACAGCGGUUGAAAAAUUAUUGGAAGAAGGCGCCGAUCUAAUGGCGGAAAAUAAAAAUCAUCAAAAUCCUCUACAAAUUGCAGUCAAUCUAAGCGUUGAUGAUGAUAAUGAUGAUAUUGAUGAUAAUGAUGAUGAUGAGAAUGAAGUAGUCAAUCUUUUGAUAAAUCAUAUCUCUGAAGAUAACAUCACUAAGGAAGCUUACUUUCAAUUCCUUCAUGAUUUGAUCAACCAUGGUCUACAUAUGCAUGCUGAAAAUCUUUUGGAGAAGUGUUUAACAUUUCAUAUAAACUUAUUUUUUCCUACACCUACUUCAAACUGUCUUUCAUUUAAUUUGAAGACUAUCUUUAAAUUAAUAACACAUUUUUUGAUGACUUGUAAUCCCGAAAAGGUUAAGGCUAUACUGGAAAACGUCGAACAAUUUGGUUCUCCAGAGAUAAAAGUCAAAUUUGAUAGCGAGUUUCUGAAUUGCAAUUAUUUUUUCAGAUUUUUUUUAAAGGGCGAAUAUAACAAAGAAUUUGAUGACCAGUUAGGUAUAUUUAUUGAGCAUGGCCUUGAUGUUAACAUUCGGACCAAGGAUGGUUGGUCUGUCAUGCAUUCUACCUUUGAUUCAAGAUGUACGGAUAGAACUAAAAAUUUUUUAAAAUAUGGCGCUGAAAUGAAGUCUAUAUGCCUUAAAAAAUUAACACCUGUUGACUUACUUUUUGGGGAAGUAUUUCCAACCGAGACAGAUGAUCAUUUGAAAGUAUAUAGAUUUGCCAAUUUUAUUUCUCAGCAUUUUUUAAAAAUGAGGCUUCUGAAUCAGUUCGUCUGUGAAAAAGACUAUCAGAAAGUGAUGAAAAAGGCUAACAACCUGUAUCGGUAUGAGGAAGAGUACAUCAAAGAAAUCGACAAGAUGAAAGCUACGGUGAUUAAUAAUUAUGUCACUUAUUAUGACAUUGUGCGAGCCGAUUUAUAUAAAAUGGUCAAGUAUUUGGAAGAUUUGGUUAUUUUCGAAACAUUGAAGUCUGGGAAUUAUGAAUCUGAGUUUCCAAAAUUCAAAAUAAUUAUUAGUGGCUGUUUUUACAGAGCUUUUAUUAGAAAGAAACUCCUGGAUGAAGUUUCUUGCUACACUAUAUUUGAUGUUAUCAAUACAUUUCCGUAUCCUUGUAUGCGAUCCAUAAUGGACAACUUCAGUAAUCGGGAUCUGAGAUAUUUGAUCUAUCAAUUCCGUCUUUCGAAAAGAUCUUAAAUAGUUUAAUAUUGGAUAAAGAAUAUUUUAUUAGAAAAACAUGAGUAAUUACUUAAUAAUUUUAUUUUGAUACAUAUAUAAUAUAUAUUUACUUAUUUAUUUUUUUAUUAAAAACCAACAGUACAAGAUCAAUAACACAGUUACAAAAAGUUACAUAUUGUUAAUCUAAAUGGCACAUGUAGCUAAUGAUUAAUAAUAACAAUAUAAUUAUAUAAAAUUAUAAAAAAAAGUAUUACAAUA